UAGAGCUACAACUGGAAAUAGUUUCAGCUCCUCACCUGUUGCUCACAGCAGUGAGUUUAAGUAAAUUUGGAAACCUGUUGAUCUUUAAAUUAUAUCAAUACAACAGUGGACCCGAAUCUUAACUGGAGCUCUGGACCAUGGUCAGGCAAACAGGCUGCACCAUGAGCAUCCCUCCAAGCGUCAGCACACAAAGCCAGCUGCCUGCCGCGUGGACUGCACACUACACCAGCACUGAUGGGUCUACAGCAGGGAUCCUGGGGAGGAUGUGGCAGGAAACCCCCCCUCAGUUCUGGUCCAAGUUCCAGGUGUGGGAGUGGCUGCAGCAGACCUUUGACGUUCACCAGCUGGAUGCCACCUGCAUCCCCUUUCAGAACUUUGACAUUGACGGAGGCCAGCUGUGCACCAUGGGCCUGCAGGACUUCACCCGGGCUGCCGGUGGCAUGGGCCAGAUACUCUACCACAGUCUGACCGAGCUCAAGUGGAAUGAUUGUGUAAAUGAACUCUUUUCACCAGUGGAUAUUAAAACAGAAAUUGAUGAACUACCAUGUAUGCUGCACCCCUUUAAGGAAGAGAGCUGUUUCUAUGACUGUACCAACACAGAUCUGUCAGACAUCAAAGCACCCUAUCAGGCUUUAAUGGGUCAAAGCACAUCGACUCCAGUUACUCAGGUUCCAGAGGUGAAGAGGAAACACAACAGACCACAGGAAGGGCAGUUUAAAAAACAUAACCCUCGAGGGACACACCUAUGGGAAUUCAUCAGGGACAUCCUUUUGAAUCCAGAGCGGAACCCAGAUCUGAUAAAGUGGGAGGAUCGUACAGAGGGGAUCUUCCGCUUCCUGAAAUCGGAGGCUGUUGCUCAGCUCUGGGGCAAGAAGAAAAACAACAGCAGCAUGACGUACGAGAAGUUGAGCCGGGCAAUGAGGUACUAUUAUAAGCGGGAGAUUCUUGAACGUGUCGAUGGAAGGAGGCUUGUCUACAAAUUUGGGAGGAAUGCAAGGGGGUGGAGGGAAUCUGACAAGUAAUAUAGCAAUUUGUGCCUUUAUUUGUUAGGACAUUGAGAUGUAAAAAAAUAUAUAUUUUAUUUAUAACCUUGGUAUCAUGCAACUGUUUGUUAAUAUGAAAUAACCUUCCUUGCUUUUUUUGAGAUUUUUGUACUUGUGAUUAUAGGCAAAUUAUUAUUCAAGUGUGAAACUUGCCCCUGUUGUCUGUAUUGAUCCAAUUUUAAAACAGAACGCCCCACUCUGCUCAAGUUACAAAGGCCUCCAGAGAUGGCAGUCUGGGUAAUACAUAAUAUGAGCAUUCCCUUGUGAGCGCUCACUGCCAGCUCUACGUUGACCACAUUUCACAUUUGAAGCUUUUCUCCAGUGGAAUGUUCACUUUACAAGAUAUCCUUGCUCUUGGUCUUAAUUAACCAAUGAUUACAUUACGUGUUUGUUUUCUAAAUAUGAGAAGACACAUUUCUAGUUUAUUUUAUAUGACUCAGACAAGCUGGAAUCUACAUCAUCUGCCAGUAUGAUCUGCAUCUAUGUCUGAUUUCUCCUCCUUAUAUUUGAAUAAACUGCCUUUGGUCGGUUAAAAAGGACCUUAUCUGUUUUGCUAUUUGGUCCACUCUGCCUUAUUUGCUAGGUUGCAUUAUCUUAAAUGUUGGUUGUUAAACUGUUUGAAAAACAUCUGUUAUAACAUGAAUUUUCCUUUUAAAAAAUAUAUGUGCUACCAGAUUUUAUAGUAAAACCAUUUAUUGGUGUGUCGAUAGUUCAUGUGUUUUAUGAGAAAUUCCCUUUAAGAAGUUUUAGGUUAUUAGGAUUCUAUGUACAUGAAUUAAAACAUCCCUCGGUUGGCUAUCUUUACACAGUUUAUUUAGUAUCAAUCUGACAAGUGAUUUAUUUGUUUUAUAAGUUAAUAUGUCAAGUGUAGGGUCUCAUUGUAUAAAGGUUGCUACAGCAGACACGAUGCGACAAGCAAAACUGCAACGAUGCAACAAAAUUAAUAGAACCUAUACUUUUGAUAAGUGUCUUUCACACCUUCACAGAUGCGGGGGCAACACGGGAGCAAUGCAAAAUAAAUAGAAUUGAAUCCUAUUUUUUGCGAUUUGUUGUUGCAACAACUAGGAAAUUGAUUAAUUAGAGAACAGCUUCAGAGCAUGUGGUCCAGCAGGAUGAAGCAGUAUCCAAAAUGACGCAGGAAAAAAUAAUACUUGCUGUGGAAUAAGCCUGGUAUGUAUGAUUUAUUGCCAUAUAUGUUGAAAUACCGUCAGAAAAAGCACUCAUAAUUACUACAUCAUAUUGACGACUAUGUACUAGUCUUGAUCAUAGUUUUAUUGAUCUGGCAGUUUCCAAACGUGUCGCAUCACCUCUGUAUUGCUUCUGGUGUGUAUGAUUAUGUCACCCAAUGAAAAACAGCAUCGCGUCUGGUGUGUAGCAACCUUAAGAGAUGUUAUGCUCCUGGCAAGAAGACUGAGAGCAGUUCUGGUUGCCCUUAUGGAAAUGUAAUAUAUACACAAUAUAUUUUUGAAAAUAUAUUAAGUGGAAAAUACACAUUUUAAAAUAUGUGUUACACUAUACUUCUGUAUU